AUGGGACGCGCUGCACAAACCAUUUCCUUUGCAUUGUUGAUUUCCUCAGUAGGUGUUUCUGGUCCGCUUCCCAUGGGAGCAUUUCUUAAUGCAUACCUCCUCCUUGCCCUUCCACUCUUGACCGAGGAUUCACCGGUGCCUUCCAUCCUGCCGACCAAAAUUCAGGUGGAAAUCAUACCAGUUCUCCCCUGUUGGGCCCUCGUUACUCUGGGCGCAUAUCUGCUAGGACGACUCGGCCUGGGCGUUCUACGAUUCAACGAUACAAAGGAAGCCUACACAGAACUUAUGGGACAACUGGAUGAGGCAAGGAAAAGUUUGGACACCAGGAAGAUUCGUUGGGAUUGA